AUGUCCUCCAACACUUCAGCUUCUCCACCCCCUAUUGAGACUCUUCCUGCCUCUUCUUCCAAAACCAAGAAGACAGCAGCAAAGAAACCUGCAUCCAAGAAGGUUCCCACAAAAGCUGCUCCAAAGGUCGUCUCCCACCCUUCUUGGAAAGAUAUCAUCAAGGCAUGCAUCACUGCUCACAAGGAGGACGCUCGCAGUGGCGUAUCAAGAGCAACUAUUAAGAAGUUUGCCGAGGAAACCUACCGCCUCGAGGUAUCUGGUACAAACUUGUACCAGCUCAACCGCGCUAUCGCAUCUGGAGUCAUGGCGGGCGUCUUUGCCUUACCAAAGGGUCCUUCUGGCAAAGUCAAACUCGCACCUAAAAAGAAGGCAUCUGAUGAUGAGAAUUCAAAGCCUGUACCUGUAAAGAAGGCAGUUGUGAAGCCUGCGGCAAAGCCUGCUUCAAAGAAGGCCCCUGCUCCAGUCAAGAAGCCUGAUGCUCCAGCCAAGAAGAUUACCACGAAGAAGCCCGCCGCCGCAUCCAAGGCGAGGAAGCCCGCCUCACAGAAGACCACCCCAGCUGCCACCAAGAAAGCUGCCACAGCAGCAGCACCGAAGAAGGCUGCCCCAAAGAAGGCUACCGCCGGUGCUCCUACCAAGAAACCCGCCGCGAAAUCAGCCGCACCUGCUAAAAAGGCAUCCAGCGCGAAGACGUCAGAGAAGAAGAAGGUAGGCUAA